AAUUCGCGAACGACUCUGUAUAGUGUAUAUAUUGACCCUCCCUUUUUCCUUAUUGCUAAACCCUUCCCCUUUCUCAGUCUAGGGUUUAACAUCACUCUCUCAACGAUCCAAGGACUGCAAAAUUCCUCUUGAGGUUGUAGUAGGAAUGGCUUUGUUCAGAAAAGCUGCAACUAUUCUUGGGAGGACUGUUAGCAGCAGAAUAAAUCAUGAAACUUCAGUGUCCAACCUCUCUAUUUUUCAAGCGAUAAGAUGCAUGUCUAGUUCAAAGGUUUUUGUUGGAGGACUUUCUUACAACACAGAUGAGCAAAGUCUUCGAGAGUCUUUUGAUAAGUAUGGAGAAGUUAUUGAUGCGAAGGUAAUUGUUGACCGUGAAACUGGGAGAUCCAGGGGAUUUGGGUUUGUUACUUUUGCUUCUGCUGAGGAGGCAUCAGCUGCCAUUCAGGCUUUGGAUCAGCAGGAACUUCAUGGUCGUCAGGUGAAGGUUAACUAUGCAAAUGAUAGGCCACGUGGAGGCUUCGGUGGUGGUGGUGGAUAUGGUGGAGGCGGUGGUUAUGGUGGAGGCGGUGGUUAUGGUGGUGGCGGAUAUGGUGGAGGUGGUGGUGGUUAUGGUGGCAGUGGUGGUGGCGGAUAUGGUGGAGGUGGUGGUGGUUAUGGUGGAAGUAGUGGUUAUGGUGGCAGUGGUGGUGGUAGUUUUGGAGGUGGAGCUGAUACUGGAGGCUAUCCUGCAGCUGGAGAGAGCCAAAGUGGUGGUGGUGUUACCAGAGGCUUCGGUGGUGAUUCAGGUAGCUAUGGUUCAGGUGAAGCAGAUGGUGGAUUUGGAGGUGGUGAGGCAAGCUACAGAGACGACGACGCCCAGAACAACUUUACUGAUAGACGGGGUUGAUAUAGCAAUCCCCUGCAAUUGGUUCAAUUAAUAAUAUAUGGAUUUCGAUUGUGGUUUCUUCCAGAGUUCCUCCAGCUUGUCUUACUAUAAUUUCUAAGUAUUUCAUUUUUUUUCUUGA